AUAUUUUGCUUUUUCUUCUUCACACUCGUUUUCAUCAUCGCUUACAAUUUGAUAUCUCUUCCUCCUCGUCUUCUCUGUUUAAUUGAAAAUCAAAUGGUAGUCGGAGCUGCAGCGCGUGUAGCCAUCGUCGGUUGCCGAAGGAUCCUCGUCUCCUCCUCACAUGCUCCCAUCCUCGUCUCUUCUCAGUCUCGCCAGAUGAGUAUGGAUGCACGAAGCGUUUCCGAGAAGCUCAGGAACUCAGGUCUGUUACGAACGCAAGGUCUAAUAGGAGGGAAGUGGAUUGAUUCGUAUGAUAAGACCACUAUCAAGGUUAACAAUCCAGCAACAGGUGAAAUUGUGGCUGAUGUUGCGUGUAUGGGAGUUAGAGAGACGAAUGAUGCUAUUGCUUCUUCUUACGAAGCAUUCCAAUCUUGGAGCAGACGGACUGCUGGAGAGAGGAGUAAAGUUUUGAGGAGAUGGUUUGACCUCCUGGUUGCACACAAGGAAGAACUUGGACAACUUAUUACUUUGGAGCAAGGAAAACCACUAAAGGAGGCUGUAGGGGAGGUCGCAUAUGGGGCAAGUUUUAUUGAGUACUAUGCGGAGGAAGCAAAACGUGUAUACGGUGAUAUAAUUCCUCCUAAUUCAUCUGAUCGCCGGUUGUUGGUCCUAAAACAGCCUGUUGGUGUUGUUGGCGCAAUCACCCCUUGGAACUUUCCCUUAGCUAUGAUUACUCGAAAGGUUGGUCCUGCUCUGGCUUCUGGUUGCACGGUGGUUGUUAAACCAUCUGAACUUACGCCCCUGACAGCACUUGCUGCGGCCGAACUUGCCCUUCAAGCUGGAGUUCCUCCAGGUGCACUUAAUGUGGUCAUGGGAAAUGCUCCUGAAAUUGGGGAUGCUUUGCUUUCGAGUCCACAGGUGAGGAAAAUCACGUUCACAGGAUCAACAGCAGUUGGGAAGAAGUUGAUGGCAGCUGCUGCACCUACUGUCAAGAAGGUUUCUCUAGAACUAGGCGGCAAUGCACCCUCCAUAAUAUUUGAUGAUGCAGACCUGGAUGUAGCAGUAAAAGGAACGCUUGCAGCGAAAUUUAGGAAUAGUGGUCAGACAUGUGUUUGUGCGAACAGGGUACUUGUGCAAGAUGGUAUCUAUGAUAAAUUUGCUGAGGCCUUUUCUGAAGCGGUUCAAAAAUUAGAAGUAGGGGAUGGUUUUAAGGAGGGGACAACCCAGGGUCCACUUAUAAACGAUGCAGCAAUUCAGAAGGUAGAUUCAUUCGUGCAAGAUGCCGUUUCCAAGGGAGCAAAAAUCCUUCUCGGCGGCAAAAAGCACAGUCUAGGGAUGACUUUUUAUGAGCCUACUGUUAUCCGUGAUGUCACGAGCAACAUGAUCAUGUCUAAGGAGGAGAUUUUCGGACCAGUAGCUCCCCUUAUUCGAUUCAAAACUGAGGAGGACGCUAUCAGAAUCGCUAAUGACACUAUUGCAGGACUUGCUGCUUAUAUAUUCACAAACAGUGUGCAACGAUCGUGGCGUGUCUCAGAAGCACUUGAAUACGGACUUGUAGGGGUGAACGAAGGAAUCAUAUCAACUGAGGUGGCUCCAUUCGGGGGAGUGAAGCAGUCUGGUCUUGGAAGGGAAGGAUCCAAGUACGGUAUGGACGAAUACCAUGAGAUCAAAUACAUAUGCUUGGGAGAUAUGAACAGACAGUGAUUUGGUUUGUUAAAUAGCGCUUGGAAAUGGUCAGUUACUCACCGUCGCUGUUUGAAACAUAAUAAGGGUUUGGAGUUUGCUUAUUUGAAAAUAAAGAAUUGGUCUACUUCGACCAAUAUGGUUUAGCAUGGUUCUUGAAUAAUAUUCUGAGCUUUUUAAGUUGUUUUUUUGUGUGUAAUAUUCUGACAAUUUUUGGUUCGUAUGUAGUAUAUACUAAAAAGAGAGCGGUCUUGUUCUUGGAA